AUGGUCCACGACGACUUACGAGUGGAGUGGAUCCGACAGCGAGUGUCCGCCGGCUUCAACUUGGACAAGUGUCCCGAGUGUUUCGACGAGCUGCUGAGCCGAGGGGACGGGGAGGAGGAGCAGAAAAUCAUCCGCUACUUGAACGUGCUGUCCGAGGAAGACUCGCCCUCGUGUCUCCUGUUUUUCAAAAGUAUUCGAGAGGAGGAAGUGGAAGUUCAAAUUCCAGCAGAGAGGAGGAAAGACACUGACCCUUCAGAUGCGGGCAAUAACACCAGGAUUCAAAGAGGCACAGAGAUAACCACAGGCACUGAGGAGAGAGAUGAAGAGAGUCCCAGCCAUAGGACUGAGGCUCAAGUGGUUUAUCACAUUGAGCUUCAUGUGGCAGUCAACAAUUACUUGGAGAGAUUUUUGAAAUCCAGUGUCUUCUACUUUAUCAGGAACACAAAGGAGACCAUUGUUGAGCCACUGGACAUGACUGAAGCCAAUAUCCUGAUGCCCAGGCUGUUUGACAUCGGCAUGCACAGAGGACACCCCCUUCUUGUACUGCGGAACAAACUUGAAAAUAUGUACAUACCUUUGCUUUCUGUGAAGCGGAUGGAGGUAACUGGUGCAGAGGGAGAAGAGGAUAAUUUAGCGAAGUCAAGUCAGCAAGUCAUGAUUCGUGACGAGUUGCUCAACAGGACACACAAGUUUUUGGGACUAAUCAACACAACCCUCCAACACCUUCAGAUUCUAGAUGAGGUCACACUGGACAUGCCGGAGCUUGACCUACGGCCAGAGGUGGAUGUGCUUCUUUCUAAUCCAGAGAUGGUGGAGAAGUUGGAGCAGUGUGUAAUGAACUGGCACACUCAGAUUACCAUUGUUAUUGAGGAGCAGCAAGACAAAAAGCCACAGGCACCGGGCCCUAUGGCUGAGAUAACUUUUUGGCAGGAGCGUGCCUCCAUCCUGAGUGCUCUGUUCAAGCAGCUCAAACCGCCGAUGGUAGGGAAAAUCCUGGAGGUGAUAACCAAAGCAGAUGCAGCCAUCGUUCAGACCCUGGAAGGAACAGUUGCUGAACUUAAUAAAUACCGUGUUGAGUCAGACGAUAAUUUACGUUUCCUCAGCACACUGGAAAGACACUUCAUGAAUCUGGCCUCUGGAGCAAAUUUUGCUGUGAUCCUAGAGACAAUCCCUCAUCUGAUGGACAGCCUGCAAAUUGUGUGGAUAAUCUCUUCUCACUAUAACACAAAUGAACGUAUGGUUCCUCUGAUGGAGCGUAUUGCCUGGCAGCUGUGCGAGCGUGUGUCUCAAGUGAUUGAUGUCAACACAUUGUUCAGAGAUAAGAGGGAAGUGGCAAAAUCCAAGGUGCGUGAUGCUAAACAGGUUCUGGACCGAUGGAAGUCGACCUACUUUGAGGUUCGCGCUGAAAUUGAAGAAUCUGAAAGAGAUCCGAGAUGGGAGUUUGACCGCAAGAGAUUGUUUGAGAGGACUGAUUACAUGGCUUCCAUCUGCCAGGAUCUGAACAAUGUUUUGCAGGUUUUGGAGGAGUUCUAUAACAUCUUUGGUCCAGAGCUGAAAAGUGUGACUGGUGACUACAAACGCAUCGAUGAAGUGCUGUGCAGAGUGGAUGGACUAGUUUUGCCCAUUGAGGGGGUCAAUUUUAAUCCUUUCAACAUGUGUAAGAAGAGCAGCUGGAAAACCAUCAUGAAAGACUUCGACACUACAUCUCAUGCUAUCGAGGGAGAGGCCAUCAACUUCAUUGAUCAGUCUUUUAAGACACUUCGCUCUUCAGCUGCCGGCUUUGACAUGCUCCUGAAAUUCAAGCACAUCCGCUCCAGAGAGGUCAUCAGUAAACAUUUGAUGAGCAAGUUCAGUGACAUACUGGCUCAGUAUUGCAAAGAGGUGGACAACAUACAUGAAAUCUUUAAGGCAAACAAGGAUAAACCACCGCUAAAUAUGGAUGAGCCUCCUGUGGCAGGAGCCAUCAGCUGGGUCCGAUCUCUUUUGUACCGCAUCAAACACACCAUCCUUACCUUCCUGGAGCAGCCAGAGACGCUGGAGAGUACACAGAGCAAAGUGGCCAAGGACAAGUAUGUGCAAAUGGCAAUGCAGUUCAGGGACUAUGAGCUGAAGAAGUAUGAGCACUGGCUGGCAGAGACGGAAAACAGAUUGCCAUUGCUAAUGAAAAAAGCCCUGUUGGUCAUGAUUACCUCUCCAAACCAAAUCCCAGCAGAAUUGGCUGUUUCUAAGGAAGGACGAUUACAGAGGGAUGUGCAAUACCAUGUGAACUUUGCUCCAGAGAUCAGGGAAAUCAUUUCUGAGACAAAACACAUGGAGUUAAUGGGCUUCUCUUUACCUAAUCUAGCUCUAAAUGUCACACUACAGUGGCACAAAUUAUUCAGGUAUGUUGAUGAUCUGAAAAAAAUUGUCAACUGCUACCACUCUGUGAUGGACAGCCUGAGUGAGGCACAGUUCACCAUGUUGGCUCAAGAGAUCAGAGAGGUCAAACAAGUGAUGGAUUUUGGGUGCAAAAGACUCAAGUGGAGUUCCUUGGGUGUUCCUGAAUUCAUCAAACAAGCUCUCCAGGCUGUCACUAAAUUUGAGUCUGUUGUCAAUCAGAUUCAGAACAAUGAGAGAGACAUUGAUUCCAAGCUGCAGUCUAUGGCGAUGACCAACCUGCUUAAAUGUCCAGUCCCGGAUAAAUCUAACAAUUUGCCAGGCAUCAAGGAGUUCUGUGAACAUAUUGAGCAAGAGCGGGCAAAAACUGUGCAUUUGCUGAAUAGGAAGUAUGCUGACAUUGGACCCCUCAUCACUAAAACAGAACACUUGAUCAUGCAAAGCAGCAGUGGCAAAGCCAAAAGUAUGGCAGAUUAUUACAAGCACUGGGAAGGCAAAGUGUUCGACUCCCUUGUAAAGAUGGUGAUGAGGAGCAUUCAGGCCUUCAACAUUGCACUGAUGGGACGUACCACCCUGUUCCAAAUUGAUGCCAUCCUGUCUGCCCCAAAGAUUGUGUUGCAGCCCCAAAGCAAUGAGAUCUACAGGCUGAUCAUGCAAAGCAUCAGAGACUGUGUAGAGAGCACCAAGCAAUUUGUGCGUUGGAUGCAUGGGACCUGCAUUGAGUGUCCUCCGCAACGUGUGGAAGGGGAAGAGGAACUCGUGACAUUUAACUUCUACAGCGAUGUGUGUCAGGAUCCUCAGAUAAAUGAAAGUGCCAUGAAAGUCUCCCAGAAUGUCCAGCAGCUGCUCCUCUCUAUGGAUCAGUACCUGAGCCACUGGAAACGCUAUCGGUCUCUUUGGGAAAAGAAGAAAAUCAUGGUCAAUGAAACAUUUGCAGCCAGAAAACCCUCCUUUGUCAUGUAUGAUGACAAGCUGCAGUUCCUUUCUCAUAUCAGUCAGGAGGUUAUGUUGGAACCCCUAUUUAAGACUGACCACGUCAUCCAUCUCAACCUGGAGCCUCUGGUUCAUACUGUGCAGAAGACUGUUGAGUCCAGGAUCAUUUCACUUGGGAGCCAGCUCAACAUUACUGCCAAAGAGGAUCUCUUCAACUUGAGGGAUGAACUCAUGCAACUCUCUGCGAAGCUGAAACAAAGUCCUGAAACCUUUGAAGACCUGAAGUCUGUCCUUGCUACAAUCUCAGGCAUCAGGGACAUGUCUCUGGAGGUCGAGCUGAGAUUCAGGGACAUCAAGGAAAGAUACAGAACACUGGCAAUGUACAAAGUGGAGGUUGAAGACGAUGAACAUGAGCUGGAGGUCGGAAUUGACCAGAUGUGGAGUGACCUUUUUAAAGAAGCCAGACAAGUGGAUCGAAGUUUGACAGAUGUCAAGAAAUCAUUUACUCAGACUACAAAGGAGAAGAUGGAAGAGUUUACACAGGACUUGUCGAUCUUUGCUGAAAGCUUCAAUAUGCAUGGUCCUCAAGCUGUCGGAGUUGACUUGGACAAAGGAUUGAGCGUUAUGGUAGUAUAUGAGGCAGAGCUUGCCAAGAUAUUGGGAGGACGCCAGGAGCUAACUAAUGCUGAGAAGCUGUUGGACCUACCAAUCACUGUAUACCCAGAGGUUAUUACCAUGCAGAACGAUAUGAAAGGCUUGAGACAAAUAUAUAAUGUGUAUAAAGCUCAGAAGGAUGCAAAGACACAGUGGUCUCAGACCUUGUGGGUGGAUUUAAACAUCCAGCUGCUCCAGGAUGGCAUUGAGGGUUUCAUCAAAAACCUGAUGCAGCUGCCCAAAGAUGUGAGGGCGUUAGCUGUGGCCUCUUUCCUAGAAGGACACAUGAAGGAGUUCAGAGAGUCUCUGCCUCUUCUGCUGGAUUUGAAGAAUGAGGCCAUCAGAGACAGACACUGGAAGGAACUGAUGGAAAGGACCGGCACUAACUUUGAGAUGAACCCUGGCACUUUCACUUUGGAGAACAUGUUUGCUAUGGAGUUGCAUAAACAUGUAAAUGUUAUAGGGGACAUUGUCACCUCUGCUGUGAAAGAGCUCAGUAUUGAGAAGGGAGUGAAGGAGGUGGUGGAGACCUGGGAAAGCAUGAAGUUCAGUGUUCUGCCCUAUUUCAAAGGGACUGAGGAACGUGGGUCUAUUCUUGGUGCAGUGGACGAGAUCCUGCUGAGCCUGGAAAACGAUGCCAUGAACUUACAGAGCAUGGCAGGCAGCCGAUUUGUUGGACACUUCCUUGGCACCAUACAACAAUGGGAAAAAGACCUGUCCCUCAUUUGUGAGACCAUAGAGGUAUUGUUGUUGGUACAACGAAAAUGGAUGUACCUGGAGAGCAUAUUCAUUGGAGGAGAUAUCCGCUCGCAGUUACCAGAAGAAGCCAAGAAAUUUGACAUCAUUGACAAAAAGUUUAAAGAAAUAAUGAGUGACACAGUGAAGAACCCAAACAUUAAACGGUGUUGCCUGGUUCCCAACCGGCUAACAGACCUGCAGGCCCUGAGUGAAGGUCUGGAGAGGUGCCAGAAGAGUCUCAGUGACUACCUGGACUCCAAGCGGAACGUGUUUCCUCGCUUCUUCUUCAUCUCUGAUGAUGAACUGCUCAGCAUUCUGGGGAGUAGUGACCAUGCCUGUGUCCAGGAGCACAUUAUCAAGAUGUAUGACAACAUUGCAUCCCUGAGGUUUGACGUGGACAGCCACGGUGAGACAGUUGCUGGAGCCCUGGUGUCUGCUGAGGGGGAGGUGAUGGAGCUGAGGAAACCUGUCCCAGUGGAGGGCAGAGUGGAGGAAUGGAUGACAGGCAUACUACUGGAGAUGAGGAGGACCAAUAGACUGAUUACAAAAGAAGCAAUCUUCUACUACUGUGAAGACAAGAGCAGGUUGGAUUGGAUGCUGCUGUACCAUGGCAUGGUGGUGCUGGCUGCCAAUCAAGUGUGGUGGACCUGGGAAGUAGAGGACGUCUUUAAAAAUGUCAAGAAAGGAGAGAAAAAUGCACUGAAGAACUAUGCAAAGAAAAUGCACCAGCAGAUUGACGAGCUAGUAGCACGCAUCACACAACCUAUGAAUAAAAAUGACAGACGGAAGUUCAACUCUGUGCUCAUCAUCAACGUACAUGCAAGAGACAUUGUGGACAGCUUUGUUCUUAACAGUAUAAUGGAUGCAAGAGAGUUUGAGUGGGAAAGCCAGCUAAGAUUCUACUGGGUGCAGGAACAAGACGACCUGUUUGUGCGUCAGUGCAGCGCUUCUUUCUCCUACGGGUACGAAUACAUGGGACUGAAUGGGCGAUUGGUUAUAACCCCGCUGACAGACAGGAUCUACCUCACCCUCACCCAGGCUCUCUCCAUGUACCUGGGUGGAGCUCCUGCUGGACCAGCUGGUACAGGGAAGACAGAGUCCACCAAAGAUCUGGCCAAGGCUCUAGGUCUGCUCUGUGUGGUUACAAACUGUGGUGAGGGCAUGGACUACAUGGCAGUGGGUAAGAUCUUGUCUGGCCUUGCCCAGUGUGGAGCCUGGGGCUGCUUCGAUGAGUUCAAUCGUAUCGAUGCCUCUGUGUUGUCAGUCAUCUCCUCCCAAAUCCAGACCAUCCGCAAUGCUCUCAUUCUUCACCUUAAAAGAUUUCAGUUUGAAGGGCAGGAGAUCAGCCUGGAUGGUCGCAUGGGGAUUUUCAUCACCAUGAACCCAGGUUAUGCAGGACGCACAGAGCUGCCAGAAUCAGUGAAAGCCCUCUUCAGGCCUGUGGUGGUCAUUGUGCCUGACCUGCAGCUGAUCUGUGAGAUAAUGCUCUUCUCUGAGGGCUUCCUAAUGGCAAAGGUGCUGGCAAAGAAGAUGACAGUUCUGUAUAAGUUGGCACGUGAACAGCUUUCCAAGCAGUCUCAUUAUGAUUUUGGUCUUCGAGCUCUGAAGUCUGUCCUAGUGAUGGCAGGAGAGCUGAAGAGAGACUCGCCAGAGAUCAAUGAGGAUGUGGUGUUGAUGCGUGCUCUCCGGGACAUGAACCUUCCAAAGUUUGUGUUUGAGGACGUGCCUCUUUUUCUCGGGCUGAUCUCAGACCUGUUCCCUCAGCUGGAUUGCCCUCGUGUUUGCUAUCCCAGCUUGAACGACGCUGUGGAACACAUUCUGCAUGAAAGCAAAUAUGUCAUAAUAUCUAAUCAGGUGGAUAAAGUGGUGCAGAUCUAUGAGACAAUGAUGACCAGACACACUACUAUGAUUGUGGGACCAACAGGUGGAGGGAAAUCAGUUGUCAUCAGCACAUUAUGUCAAGCUCAGACCAAACUGGGAUUACAAACAAAGAUGUAUCCACUGAACCCUAAAGCCAUGAGUGUCAUUGAACUUUACGGUAUUCUGGAUCCUGACACUCGAGACUGGACAGAUGGGAUCUUAUCCAACAUCUUUCGUGACAUCAACAAACCCACUGACAAAGAAGAGCGAAGGUACAUCCUGUUUGACGGUGAUGUGGAUGCUCUGUGGGUCGAGAAUAUGAACUCAGUGAUGGAUGACAACAAGCUCCUCACGCUGGCCAAUGGAGAGAGGAUCCGUUUACAGAAUCACUGCGCUCUGCUCUUCGAGGUGGGAGAUUUGCAAUUCGCUUCCCCUGCUACUGUUUCCCGCUGUGGAAUGGUUUAUGUUGACCCUAAAAACCUGCGAUACACCCCUUACUGGCAGAGAUGGCUGAACAACAGACCUGAAAAGGAACAAGAAGUUCUAAACAAACUGUUUGAGAAAUAUGUGCACGGCUGCAUUGAAAUGAUUGUGGAUGGUAUUGUUGAUGGGAAACAAGGCGAGAAACUGAAGACUGUUGUCCCACAGACAGAUCUAAACAUGGUGACUCAGCUGUGCUUGACACUGGAUGCACUGCUUGAGAGUGAAAGCAGCAGAGGUGAAGUCCUGGAGUGUUACUUCCUGGAAGCUCUGUACUGCUCACUCGGGGCCACAUUGCUGGAGAGUGGCAGGAUCAAGUUUGAUGAGUUAAUCAGGACAAUUUCCUGCUUAACUGUCGUACACGACGAGAAAACCCUGGCAGGACCUGGUGAGAUCCCAGGAUACCUGGAGACAUUGUAUGAUUUUCAUUUUGAUGGCACAGAGGAGAAGUGGGUUCCCUGGAGUUCCCUGGUCACCAAAUACAUUCACAACCCUGAAAGGAAAUUUUCUGAUAUACUAGUGCCAACUGUCGACACCACAAAGGCCAGCUGGAUCCUAGAGCAGAUGGUGAAAAUAAAAAGGCCGGUGCUUCUGGUUGGCGAGUCUGGCACUUCUAAGACUGCCACCAUUCAUAACUUCCUCAAGAAUCUCAAUUCAGAAAAAAAGAUUACUCUGAUCAUCAACUUCUCAUCCAGAACGACUUCAAUGGACGUGCAGAGGAACCUAGAGGCCAGUGUGGAGAAAAGGACCAAAGAGAUCUACGGACCUCCUGUGGGAAAGAGACUGCUGAUCUUUAUGGAUGACAUGAAUAUGCCAAAGGUGGAUAAUUAUAACACACAGCAGCCAAUCGCACUUCUGAAGCUGUUAUUGGAUCGUGGAGGCAUGUAUGACCGAGGGAAUCAGCUGAACUACAAACUCCUGAAAGACCUAGGCUUUGUUGCUUCCAUGGGAAAAGCAGGGGGUGGGAGGAACGAGGUGGAUCCUCGCUUCAUCUCGCUCUUCAGUGUCUUCAGCAUCCCCUUCCCUGCUGUGGAGUCACUCAACCUUAUAUAUGCUUCUAUUCUCAAAGGCCACACCAGACUGUUUGAGGAGGCCAUACAGAAGGUGUGUGAUAAAGUCACGUUCUGCACACUGGAACUUUACAACAGCAUCAUCAAAGAUUUGCCUCCCACUCCGUCCAAGUUCCACUACAUCUUCAACCUGAGGGACCUGUCACGGGUCUACAAUGGACUAACGCUCACCAAACCAGACAGGUUUUUGACUGUCACUCAGUUUGUGCGAGUCUGGAGGAACGAGUGCCUGAGAAUCUUUCAUGACAGACUCAUUGAUGAGACUGACAAAGCCUUGGUACAAGGCCACAUAAAGAAGCUGGUUGAGGAGCAUUUUAAGUCCGAUUUUGAAGCCGUCAUCAAGGACCCUAUUCUUUUUGGAGACUACAAGACAGCCCUCAGUGAGACUGAACCAAGAGUCUAUGAGGACAUUCAUGACUAUGAUGCUUCGAAAGCCCUGUUUCAGGAAAUUUUAGAGGAAUACAAUGAGAACAAGUCGAGAAUGAAUCUAGUUCUGUUUGAUGACGCUCUGGAACAUCUUACCCGGGUGCACCGCAUUAUCCGUGUCCCUAGAGGCCAUGCACUGCUUGUUGGCGUUGGGGGCUCUGGCAAGCAGUCCCUGACCAAGCUUGCUGCUUUUACUGCUGGAUGUGAGGUAUUUGAGAUAAUAUUAAGCAGAGGAUACAGUGAGUCAAACCUCCGUGAAGACCUGAAAACACUGUACUUGAAGCUCGGCAUUGAGAAUAAGAAGAUAGUGUUCCUCUUUACUGAUUCCCAUGUUGCUGAGGAGGUCUUCUUGGAGCUCAUCAACAACAUGCUGACUUCAGGCAUCGUUCCUGCAUUGUUCCCUGAUGAUGAGAAGGAUUCAAUUGUCAACCAGCUUCGAGACGAGGCUCUUAAGAUGGGAGUAGGUCCUUCGAAAGAAAGUUUGUGGCAGUUCUUUGUCAACAAGAGUGCCAACAACCUGCACAUUGUUUUAGGCAUGUCCCCAGUGGGAGACACCUUGAGGACACGCUGCAGGAACUUCCCAGGACUGAUGAACAACACUGUGAUAGACUGGUUUCUGCCAUGGCCUCCACAGGCCUUACUUGCAGUUGCUCAGUCUUUCCUUGGUGAGAGUCCCAUGAUUCCUCAGGUGCACUCUGCAGACGUGAUAGAUCAUGUAUGCAUGGUCCAUUCUUCUGUUGGGGAAUACAGCAAGCUCUUUCUGCAGAAACUCAGGCGGAGUAACUACGUUACUCCAAAGAACUACCUGGACUUCAUUAACACCUAUUCUAAACUCUUGGAGGAAAACGACCAGUAUAUCCUGGCACAGUGCAAGCACUUAGAGGGAGGUCUGGAUAAACUAAAAGAGGCCAGUGAGCAGCUAGCUGAGCUGAAUGUGAAGCUAGCAGUGCAGAAGGUGGUCCUUGCUGAGAAGUCAAUAGCUUGUGAAACCCUGCUGAAUGAGAUUGUCACUAACACCACAGUAGCUGAGGAGAAAAAGAAGUUGGCAGAAGACAAAGCCGAAGAGAUUGAAGAGCAAAACAAAGUAAUCGCUGUUGAGAAGAAAGAAGCUGAAAGUUCCCUUGCUGAAGCUCUGCCAGCGUUAGCGGCGGCCCGCAACGCUCUUCAGGACCUCGAAAAAUCUGAUGUCACAGAGAUCAGAUCUUUUGCCAAGCCUCCCAAACAGGUGCAGAUGGUUUGUGAGUGCAUCUUGGUGCUGCGUGGCCACAAGGAGAUCAGUUGGCAGGCAGCUAAGGGGAUGAUGUCAGAGGCUAACUUCCUGCGUUCACUGAUGGAGAUGGACUGUGAUUCCAUAAGUAACGGUCAGCUUAGGACUGUCAAAGGCUUCCUGAAAAACCUCCAUACAAGCUUUGAGGAGAUGCAGGCUAUCAGUAGAGCUGGCUCAGGAAUGCUCAAGUUUGUUGAGGCCACCAUGGGUUUCUGUGAGGUCGCCAAGGAGAUAAAACCUAAGAGAGAGAAGGUGGCACUUCUAGAGAAGAACUUCUUUCAGAGUAAGAAGGAGCUGGAAAGCAUUCAGAGUGAGCUCAGCAAUAUCCAGAAAGAGUUGCAGGCUCUUGGAGAUAAGUAUCAAGCUGCUAUUGAGGAGAAACAGCUGCUUCAAGAGGAGGCUGAAGUCAUGGAGAGGAGGCUGAUAUCAGCUGACAAACUCAUCACCGGCCUGAGCUCUGAGAAUGAACGGUGGACGCAAGAUUUAGAGGAGUUGAAGCAGAGGCGCGUGCGUCUCCUUGGUGACUGUCUGAUCUCUGCUGCUUUCCUGAGCUAUGAAGGCGCCUUCAGCUGGGACUUCAGGAAUGAGAUGGUUUACCAAGUAUGGGUUAAGGAUGUGGAAGAGAGAGGCAUCCCCUUGAGCCAGCCUUUCAAAGUGGAAAGCCUUCUUACUGAUGAAGUAGAAAUCAGCAGAUGGGGAUCUGAGGGCUUGCCUCCAGAUGAGCUGUCAGUGCAGAACGGGAUCCUCACAACCAGAGGGAGCCGAUUUCCCAUGUGUAUUGAUCCUCAACAGCAAGCCCUCUCCUGGAUCAAGAAGAAAGAAGAAAACAACCAACUCAAGAUCUCAUCUUUCAAUGAUCCAGACUUCCUGAAGCAGCUAGAGAUGGCCGUCAAAUAUGGUUUCCCAUUCCUUUUCCAAGAUGUGGACGAGUACAUUGACCCUGUGAUCGACAAUGUCCUGGAGAAGAAUGUCAAAGGAGCAGAGGGCAGACAGGUCAUCAUGCUUGGUGACAAGGAAGUGGACUAUGAUCCCAACUUUAAACUUUAUCUCAACACCAAACUGGCAAACCCCAAAUAUAACCCAUCAGUGUUUGGAAAAGCUAUGGUCAUUAACUAUACUGUGACCCUAAAGGGUCUGGAGGACCAGCUGCUGAGUGUAAUCAUGGGCUUUGAGAAGAAGGAGCUGGAGGAGCAGCGUGAGAGUUUGAUCCAGGAAACAAGCAACAAUAAGAAGCUGCUAAAGAACCUUGGGGACUCCUUGCUCAGAGAGCUGUCCUUGUGUACAGGCAACAUACUGGAUAACACUGAGCUGGUUUGCACACUGGAGAAAACAAAGUCAAAAGCCAGUGAGGUAUUUGAGAAACUCCAGUUGGCUGUGAAGACAUCUGUGGACGUUGAUAAACUCAGAGACGGCUACCGACCAGCAGCCAAGCGUGGUGCUAUCCUGUUCUUUGUGCUGACAGAAAUGGCUCUGGUGAACAGCAUGUACCAGUACUCUCUGGCCUCCUACCUGGAACUGUUUGACUUUUCACUGCGCAAAGCUCUGCCAGACUCUGUCCUGCCCCUGAGACUGAAGAACAUCAUAAACACUCUGACAUACAGUGUUUAUAACUAUGGCUGCACAGGUCUGUUUGAGAGACACAAGCUGCUAUUUUCCUUCAACAUGACCAUCAAGAUCGAGCAGGCAGAAGGGAGAGCUGUUCAGGAAGAGCUUGAGUUCUUCAUCAAGGGUAAUCUAUCCCUGGAAAAGAGCAACUGCAAAAAGCCCUGUGACUGGCUCCAAGACCAGGGCUGGGAAGACAUCGUGAAACUCGCAGAGCUCUUUCCUGAACAGUUUGGUUCUCUGCCUGAUGACGUGGAGAAAAAAUCUGCUGACUGGAAGUCUUGGUAUGACUUGGAUGGACCAGAACAGGCUCUGUUCCCCAUGAAAUAUCAGGCAAGCCUGUCAGCCUUUCAGAAGCUGCUGUUGCUGCGCUGCUUCCGUGUUGACAGAGUCUACAGAGCUGUGACCGACUACGUCACUGUCACUAUGGGCAAGAAGUAUGUCCAGCCGCCUGUGAUCAACUUUGAUGCAAUCUAUGAACAGAGUACACCUUCCUCCCCCAUUAUCUUCACCCUGAGUCCUGGCUCUGACCCAGCCGGUGACCUGAUGAAACUAGCUGACAGGUCAGGCUUUGGAGGCAGCAAGUUCAAGUUCCUUGCUAUGGGCCAAGGCCAAGAGAAGGUUGCACUGCAGUUGCUGGAGAAUGCAGCCUCCCGUGGUCAGUGGUUGAUGCUACAGAAUUGCCACCUGCUGGUGAAAUGGCUGAAGGAUCUAGAGAAGUCCCUAGAGAGGAUCACCAAGCCCAAUCCCAACUUCCGCUUGUGGAUCACCACCAACCCCAUUCAGGAUUUCCCCAUUGGCAUACUGCAAAAGUCACUAAAGGUGGUGACGGAGCCUCCCAAUGGACUCAAGCUCAACUUGAGAUCCACGUUCUCCAAAAUCUCCAAUGAGACCUUGACCCAAUGCCCACACCCUGCCUUCCGUAGCUUGUUGUAUGUGCUGGCCUUCUUCCAUGCUGUGGUGCAGGAGAGACGCAAGUACGGCAAGAUUGGCUGGAACGUCUCCUACGAAUUCAACGAUUCUGAUUUCUUUGUGUGUGUGGAGAUCAUGAAUACCUACCUGACCAAGUCUCACAACCAGGGAGACAGCAACAUUCCCUGGGGAAGUCUUAAAUACCUCAUUGGGGAGGUCAUGUAUGGGGGACGAGCCAUAGAUAGCUUUGACCGCAGGAUCCUGAGCGUGUACAUGGAUGAGUACCUCGGAGAUUUCCUCUUCUACACCUUCCGCCGCUUCCACUUCUUUGAAAACAAGGAUGUGGAUUACAAGAUCCCUCCAAACGGUCCCAAGACAAUAUAUGUUGAUGAGAUUGAGACGCUGCCAUUGGCAAAUACGCCAGAGGUGUUGGGCCUUCAUUCUAAUGCAGAGAUAGGAUACUACACACAAGCAGCUAAAGACAUGUGGACCCACCUAAUAUACUUGCAGCCUCAGACAGGUGAGUCUGGUGGAGGCAUCAGUCGGGAUCAAUACAUCAGCCAGGUGGCCCAGGACAUUCAGAGUAGGCUCCCACAGUUAUACGACAUGGACGUGAUUCGUAAAAAGAUUGGCCAGGAUAUUUCCCCGACGUCAGUGGUGCUGCUUCAGGAACUAGAACGCUUCAACAAACUGGUGGUCCGCAUGCAGCGCUCCCUGGCUGAGCUGCAGAGGGCUUUGGCUGGUGAGGUGGGUAUGAGCAGUGAGUUGGAUGAAGUCGCUCAGUCCCUUUUUAAUGGACACAUUCCUGCCAUGUGGAAGAAGUUGGCACCUGAUACACUCAAGUCACUUGGCAACUGGAUGAGCCACUUCAGGAGGCGUUAUGAACAGUACAGCCACUGGGUGGAUGAGGGAGAGCCCAAGGUAAUGUGGCUAUCAGGACUUCAUAUCCCAGAGUCCUACCUGACUGCCAUGGUCCAAGCUUCAUGCAGGAAAAAUGGUUGGCCUCUGGAUCUUUCCACCCUGUACACACAAGUGACUCAGUACCGCAGCGAGGAAGAAGUCAGUGACAGACCUGGACAAGGCUGUUUUUUGUCCGGCCUGUAUCUGGAGGGAGCAGACUGGGACAUGGAGAAGGGCUGCCUGGUGAGGAGUAAACCAAAGGUUCUGGUUACUGAACUGCCCAUUCUCAAAGUCAUACCCAUAGAGGCACGCCAACUCAGGUUACAGGAUACGCUACGAACACCAGUGUACACCACGUCCUUGCGGAGGAAUGCGAUGGGCCUGGGGUUGGUGUUUGAGGCCGACCUGUUCACCACCAUUGACACCUCCCACUGGGUUCUCCAGGGAGUCUGUUUAUACCUCAAUGCAGACUAA